GAUCAGGCAGGAAACGAGAAGACCGGGAGUCAGAGGUCUGGAGGAAUGAGGACGGAAAGGAGGAAGGAUGAGAGAUGAAGAGAAGACAGGACAUCCAGCAACACAAAUGAGAGGAGCCCAGGCAGUCCAGUGUAACAGCCCGCCCAGUGAGCACACAGAGUUACAGACCUGCAGGAAACGCAGCAGAGCCUCCUGAGGAGCGGAGGAAGAAAUACUGAAGCCAGAUGCUUUUGUUCAGAGAGCCUUCAAGAGCCGAGACAAAGAAGACGGAGAGGACACGUGCUGUCUCUGUUUCAUGACAGCGAGCGAGCGGAGGGCUCCCAGGAAAUGAUGAAAAGGGAGAUACGAGACUAAAAUCCACGACCGGGGCCUCGGAUACAGUUUCAACUCAGGAAGGCAGGAGGAGAAACAUCUACUGUGACUGAAAGCUUUAACCACAAAAUGCCAGAGAGCGUGACGGCCUUCCAGGACCAGAGCUUCCACAAGCUGAGGCGGGCCUGCCUGCGCCGGGGGGCGCUCUUCAAGGACCCCCUGUUCCCCGCCACGCUCCAGUCCCUGUUCUACAAGCGGGACCCCCCUCCGGGCCUGACCUGGAGGAGGCCCAGGGAGAUCUGCAAGGAUCCGCGUCUCUUUGUGGACGGAAUCAGCACUCGAGACCUGCACCAAGGCAGUCUGGGUAACUGCUGGAUGGUGGCGGCCAUCUCCUGCCUGGCGUCGGAGCCCUCGCUGUGGAAGAAGGUUGCUCGUCUGUAAACUGUGUUGAGUGUUCGUCUGUAGCGAGACGGUAGAGUGUUGGGUGCUUCGUCCCGCUCCCAGGUGAUUCCCGACCACAUGGAUCAGGAGUGGAACCCCAAGCGCCCCGAUCUGUACGCGGGGAUCUUCCACUUCCGCUUCUGGCGGCUCGGCCGCUGGGUGGACGUGGUGGUGGACGACCGGCUGCCGGUCAGCGCCGACGGGGCGCUGCUGUUCUGCCGCUCGGCCACGCCGCGGGAGUUCUGGAGCGCCCUGCUGGAGAAGGCCUACGCCAAACUCAACGGCUGCUACGAGGCCCUGGAAGGAGGAAACACCACCGAGGCCCUGAUCGACUUCACCGGCGGGGUUUCGGAGCCUCUCAGUCUGGACCGGGAGGCCCUCGGCGCGAACGCCGACCAGCGCCGGGCGUUCUUCCAGACAUUGGCAAAGAUCCACGAACGCAAGUCCCUCAUCACCUGUUCUAUACGGCCUGCAGAAGGAGAAACGGUGGAGUCGGUGUUGGACUGCGGCCUCGUGCGGGGGCACGCCUACGGCAUCACGGCGGUGAAGAAGCUGAGGCCUCUGAAGAACGCCGGGACGCCCCGCCUCUUUAUGGUGCGCAUGAGGAACCCGUGGGGAACCACGGACUGGACGGGCGCCUGGAGUCAGAGGUCAGAGCAGUGGCAGCAGCUCAGCCGAGCGGAGAGGGAGAAGAUGGGGCUCCUGGUCCGUGACGUUGGGGAAUUCUGGAUGGACUUCGAGGACUUCUGCCGCUACUUCACGGAUGUGGUGGUGUGCCGCCUGGUGGAGAAGCCCCUGCUCUGGCCUCGCUCUCACUGGAAAGAGGUGCGCUGCUACGGGGAAUGGGCGCCGGCUCCCUCCUCCGCCUCCGGAGCGCCGCCCUUCACCGUGCUGCGGAGCGGCUGCACAACCACCCCGAGCGCAAACAACCUCAAACCCGGAGGGACCGAGCAGCGAGGGAACCGAAAGGAGGCUCAGCUCCGGGAGAGUCAGCAGGAGAGAGGGAAGAACGGAAGGUCUCAUUCUGAAAAGACGGUGAGAAAAUCGCAAGGGCAGGACGUCAGAGAGGAGACUGACGUCUGGGAGGCGCCGAUGGAUAAGAGGAGUCGGUGUGGCGGGUGCAUCAACCACAGGGACACGUUUCUACACAAUCCACAGUUCAUGUUCGAGCUGCGGGGCAGAGAGGAGGAAGUGCUCAUCUGCCUGCAGCAGGAGGACCGGAGGAGCAGGAGGAGGAACGGAGGAGGAGAGAACCUGCCGAUCGGCUUCGAGGUCCUGAAGGUGGAGGUGAACCGCUGCAGCCGGGUGCAGAGCGUGGUAGAGCAGGCGGCCAGCUCCGUCUACAUGGACUCCCGCAGCGUCACUCUGAGGGCGGCCAUGGCGCCGGGCCGCUACGUGGUGCUGCCCACCACCUUCCUGCCGGGCGCCACCGGCCGCUUCUUACUGCGCCUCUUCUCCCAUUGUCACGUCAGACUCAGGGAAUUGAGGGAGGACUUGCCUUCUCCCUCUGCUCUCCAUUGUUUCCUACCUCAGCCCUCAGUGGUGACGACAGUCCACCUCCGCAGGGCCUCCGGACUCAGUCCUCCCAAACAGACAGCUCCAGAUGUUUACGCAGUGGUGCGUUGUGAAAACGACGCCAUCAGGACUCGGGUGUUCAAGGAGGAAGGAAACCCAGAGUUCAACCUCAGAACCAUCUUCUACAGGAGAUACCCUGACGCGCACAUCUCUGUUGAGGUGUGGAGCAGAGGCCUGCUGUGGGACUCUCUGCUCGGGGAAGCUCAUCUCCACACGGCGGAGUCCGAGAGGAGCCGCAGCCACGUCAUCGACCUGAGAGGCGGCCAAUCGCAUUCAAGAUUCAGGGCUUGCAUCUUUCUAGAGACUUCCUCCAGUGUUUGCCUCACAGACUUGUGACAGCGUCACUGCAACAUCUGUCCAGCUGCUGAAAGAGUGAAACUGUGUUAAAUAGGUUGUAACAAAGG